GUUAAUUGUCAGCUUUUUUGUCAACAUUCGUCCGUUUUCUACACUGAAAUUUCACAGGCUCAAUUUUAUACGGCGAAUGAAUGGAUGAAUGAAACGUGCUUUCACUUUAUCACCUCGGCUCAAUCGUUGUCGUUGCCGUACUUUGAAAAUCUCUGUAGACGGAUCGGGUAUGGAUGUCAGUUGUCACUCAUCCGAGACAACAAGGGAUACCGCCGGCUCUCCCAUCACCAUGUCAAAUCAUUGAAUUUCCAUCAAGUUUUUCACUUUGUGGAAUGAACUCAACAUAGACAGUACUCUCCUUAGUUUACAAAUUAUCUCUUGUCUUUCCUAAUCUCUCUGCAAGUACUUUAAGUUCAAGGAUUUAAAAAUUCACUAUGACUUCAGAUACACUUUGUGCCAAAUAUGUACAAGUUGCAGUUGUUGUCGUUGGAUAUUGGUUUGUGUCCAUAGUGACAGUGUUCGUAAACAAGACCUUGUUUAGUAGUGAUAAAAUAGAUCUUGAUGCACCAUUAUUUGUCACUUGGUACCAGUGUGUUACAUCAACAGUAAUAUGUUUGGCGCUAAAACUGUUAGCAUCAUCAUUUCCACGAAAUUUCUCAUUCCCUGCUGGUACGCCUCUUGAUCGAGCUGUUUUUAAGAAGGUGUUUCCUCUCUCUGUGAUAUUUGCAACCAUGAUAGUUUUCAAUAAUUUAUGCUUGAAGUAUGUUGAUGUAGCCUUCUACUACAUUGGCCGCUCCUUAACAACUGUCUUUAACGUGAUCUUGUCCUAUUUGUUUUUGGGUCAGAAAACAUCUUUUCCAGCUAUAGGAUGCUGCUUGGUUAUAAUUUCUGGAUUUUGGCUUGGCAUUGAUCAGGAGAGUUUGGCAGGAUCGCUGUCAGUGACUGGUACCCUAUUUGGCCUCCUUGGAUCUAUAGCCCUUCCCCUUUACUCUAUACACAUGAAAAAUGUUCUUCCAGCAGUUAAUCAAGAGAUCUGGCUUUUGUCCUACUACAAUAAUGCAUACACAUCAAUUCUUCUGAUCCCUUUGAUGAUAUUAAACCAUGAAGUACCUGUAGUUUUGAACUACCAUGGUCUGUUUAGUGUUUAUUUUUGGGUGCUCAUGACUAUUGGUGGUGUUUGUGGAUUUGCUAUUGGCUUUUUCACUGGACUCCAAAUUAAGGUGACUUCUCCACUUACACACAACAUAUCGGGAACUGCUAAAGCAUGUUUUCAAACUGUGAUAGCCACUCAGUGGUAUGCUGAGGCCAAAUCAGCAUUGUGGUGGGUAUCAAACUUAACAGUUCUUGGUGGAAGUAUGUGUUAUACAUAUGUGAAACAACAAGAAAUGAAGCGGGACUUUACUUCUCUGGGACCUAAUAAGGUGUAAUAGAUUUAUAAAGGUAAUACCCUGGCUGGUGUUGCUGCAGUAGUUUUCAAAUUCGGUCUGACAAAAAUCAUGCUUGACAUUUCUUUUGUCACAUAUUCUCUGUAGAAGAGUACAAACCUGUUUUUUGUUCUUGUUUUGUUCCUUUGAGAAUUUAACUACAGUAUGCUGAUAAAUAGUCUAGAGUAAUAUCUUUUGGGAAAGAAAACAAAUAGGUACUGAAUUUAAUUAGCUUUAAUGAGGGAUGCACCUCUCAAAUCAAUGAUCUAGUACAACAAAUCAUAGUUAAGUGUCAGUAACAUCCCUACCAAGUAUAAACAGGUUCUAUCUUGUAGGGCUAGUCAAUGACACAACUUGUUUAUCAGCAAUUUUUAUAGCAUAUGACAUUCUGAAAAACGCAUUUCAUCAUCCGUGAGGAAUAUGUUUUAUUUGUUGACAUUUUGAUGACUCGUUUUUAUUUUAGGGAGGCUUGUGCUUGCAUGUACUACUCUCAGUAUUGUUAUAGACCUGUCAUGAGUCAUGACUUCGGAUAAGUUGUUUGUAAACCACCAUUAACUAUUGUUUUAAUCCUUGAAUCUCUUUAAUAAAUAAACCAAAGGAAA